UUUUAAGUCUGUAACUGGAAUGUCCCAGAUCUUGUCCUCCUUAUUGAUGGUUUCUCGUGCUUUAAUCUUCUCUUUUGCCUGGGCCAUCACUUCAUGUUUCUGUGUAUGUUUUGUAAUCUUUUGUUGAAACUCGGACACUUUGAUACUUUAAUGUAUAUUGCUGGAAUUUAGGUUCUGAGGCAUCUGUGCCUUAAGCUUGUAUCCAGCUAAUGUUAUGACAGGGCUUUCCUGGAAUGCCCAGAGCUGACAAAAGAAGAAGAAGAAGAAAGAAAACAUCUUUCCCAGUCUUUUUGGAUUGAUCAGUGCUCUCCUUCAGAGAUUGUUCCUACAAUGACUUUAGAGAGUAGUUGAGGUGAAAGCGCGGGGGCCUCCCGGGUCCUUCGUCUUGUGUAUGCACGUGGGGCCCUGCGAAUUCUCCUGCUCGCAGGGAUAAGGAUGUCCCCUCUUCCCUCAGAAAUAGCUUCCUUAUGCCCGGGCCCUGCAUGUGUGCCCUACGCCAGCCACCCCCUGCCCCAGGCAGCUCGACCUGGCUGCACCCCCAGCGUCCUCAGGAGAGCCUGGUGAGCUGCCUUUCACACCCAGGGCAGGUUCUGCGACGGCGAGUCCCUCAGGCUCCACAGACAGACUGGGGCAGACAGACGUGCCCCCAGCAUGUGCACGAGGGCCGCUCUGCUCCCUCUGGGCAGCUGGGUCACUCUGCUGAGACUGUGAGGGCUGGGUGGGUGCCAGCCGGGGUGCCAGAAAAUCCCUCUUUUAAGUAGGCUUUUCCUGGAUUUGGUGUUUCCCUGUUACUGCAGUCCUUUAACUGAUUCUGGAGGCCAGAGAAGGAUGUUUCUACCAGUUCUUGCUGGUUGUUCACAGCUUCUGGGGACUGGAGUCCUGAGCAUCCUAUUCCGCCGUCUUGGUUGGGGUGGGCUCCAGGUUUUCUUCAUCUCUGUCUCUGGGCUGGGUGCUCAGGAUGCAGCCAGUGUGUGUUGCAACAUGAAGGUUGUGCCAGGACAGAAGGAGAAGAAAAGAUGAGCAGCAACAGCGGUAAGAGAGCGCCGACGACCGCCACCCAGAGGCUGAAGCAGGACUACCUCCGCAUCAAGAAAGACCCUGUGCCUUACAUCUGUGCCGAGCCCCUGCCUUCCAACAUUCUCGAGUGGCACUACGUUGUCCGAGGCCCUGAAAUGACUCCUUAUGAAGGUGGCUAUUAUCAUGGAAAACUAAUUUUUCCCAGAGAAUUUCCUUUUAAACCUCCUAGUAUUUAUAUGAUAACUCCCAAUGGAAGAUUUAAGUGUAAUACGAGGCUGUGUCUCUCCAUCACGGAUUUCCACCCAGACACGUGGAAUCCCGCAUGGUCUGUCUCAACCAUCCUCACCGGGCUCCUGAGCUUCAUGGUGGAGAAGGGCCCCACGCUGGGCAGCGUGGAGACCUCGGACUUCACGAAAAGACAACUGGCUUUGCAAAGUUUAGCAUUUAAUUUAAAAGACAAAGUCUUUUGUGAACUAUUUCCUGAAGUUGUGGAGGAAAUUAAACAAAAACAGAAAGCACAAGAUGAACUCAGUAGCAGACCCCAGACCCUGCCCUUACCAGAUGUGGUUCCAGACGGGGAGACACACCACGGCCGGAACGGGCUCCCGCUCCUCAACGGGCACAUGCCUGUGGCCGGGCCCAACCUCCCAGGGCUCCAGCAGGCCCACCGGCACCACGGGCUGCUGGGAGGCGCGCUGGCGAACUUGUUUGUCAUCGUGGGGUUCGCAGCCUUUGCGUACACGGUCAAGUGUGUGCUGCGGAGCAUAGCGCAGGAGUGACGCCCGGAGCCCGGGCAGGUCAGCAGCAGCCGGGGAGCCAGCGGGGCCCCGGGCCCACCGGAUGGCCCGGGCUCAGCCUUCCGGAAACCUUCAGGGGAGACGAGACCCAGAGGCGCCUCUCAGAGGUGGAGCAGGGCAGACUCGCGCCUGGCGCCCGCCCAGCGCCCCCACAGCCAGGUGGACCCACGGCGGGCAGUGUGGCCGGGUUUUGGUUUUCUAGUCUGUUUCCUGUAUUGUCUCCUGGAUUUGUUUUAGUAAACUUGUUUUUCAUUUUAUUAGAUUUGGUCACUUAAAAAAAUAUAAAACUGGAAGCCCUCCUAGUA